AUGACCGUUGGCCAUGAACGGUGGCGAGGCACGGCAAGAUGUGGUGCUCCCGGCUUCAACAAACGAGAUGGGAAAACUGGUAGGGCCGAGAAAGCGGCAUCGUUGGGUCGGUUAACCGUUGGCAGCUCAGCUCACUCUGAAGGUUCAACCUUUUCCCAGAUCCAUGUCAUGGUAAGGGCACGUCUGAGGAGGAAUGACAGCGGUACUUUGUGGUACCGCGCCGGGCACCACAAGACGAGCUUCUCCGACCAAGCGCAGGCGCCUCUGGAGUCUGAACUACCUUACAAGGCAUAUCCCGUCAGCGGCAGCUCCCUUGCUGCUGUCACUCUGGAUUAUGAUCGGGCUCUAAUUCGAAAAAGAAAAGAUGCUUGGCUUCCCGGCCGGGGCGCCUCACGUCCUCGUCCCGUCGCAGAAAUCACGGCAACGCCAACCAGAGGUUCCAGAGGCACCGGUCAGAGCCAGCCAGAGUCUGGCAGCCCUACCAGUACCGUGUUGUGCAUCCAUACCGAUACAGACAGACAACCUAACACGGACCAGGAGUUGAAACGGGACAGGGCAAUCCAAUGUCCAAUCCGACGCUCCCGCUGUGAACAUUGGGACGGGCUAGGUCAGGGCGAGCGAACAGGGACAGCCAGCAACAAACAGAAUUCUGCCGAAGAACGGGACAUGCGGUAAUACCAAUGCUUAGACUUUAG